GAGGCUGGGGCGCGUUUGGGUAGUCGCUGGAACGCGCCUAGGCAGUGACUGACUGGAGCAAAGUGGAACGACGCGAGGAAGAUUGUGCAUAUUUUUAUAGGUCUAUGAUAGAGACGGAACUGGCGAGGAGUUCUACUAGACUAGCAAGCUUAGUGCUGCCAUUCACGCAGUGCACGAACAUCAAAGUUUACUUCAUCUUGCGUUUCGUCGAGUUCUUCAGCGAGAUCAUUUUGCAUACCUGUGUGCUUAGAUACCACAUUUAACUAGUUAGCUUACUUUUCUUGCACAAAGGCACUUUCAAUCGAUCGAAGAAACGAAGUUGUUCUAACUUGUGUGUAGGCUGUAGUUGCCACGACCUGGGUGUUCUGCAGAAAUGUCGCAGAAAGAGAGACCCACUUUUUACCGACAGGAGCUGAACAAGACGAUAUGGGAGGUCCCAGAACGAUACCAGAGCCUGUCUCCAGUUGGGUCUGGUGCUUAUGGAUCGGUAUGCUCAUCGUUCGACGUGAAGAUAGGCAUGAAGAUCGCCGUUAAGAAGCUCUCCAGGCCCUUCCAGUCCAUCAUCCACGCCAAGCGCACGUACCGCGAGCUGAGACUGCUCAAACACAUGAAGCAUGAGAACGUGAUCGGGCUGCUGGACGUGUUCACACCAGCCACCAGCCUGGAGGAGUUCAAUGAUGUGUACCUUGUGACUCACCUGAUGGGCGCAGACCUGAACAACAUCGUCAAGUGCCAGAAGCUUACGGACGACCACGUGCAGUUCCUCAUCUACCAGAUCCUGCGGGGGUUAAAGUACAUCCACUCUGCUGAUAUCAUACACAGAGACCUGAAGCCCAGCAACCUGGCUGUGAAUGAAGACUGUGAGCUGAAGAUCCUGGACUUCGGGCUGGCCCGGCACACUGACGACGAGAUGACCGGCUACGUAGCGACCCGGUGGUACCGCGCUCCAGAGAUCAUGCUCAACUGGAUGCACUAUAACAUGACAGUGGACAUUUGGUCUGUCGGCUGCAUCAUGGCUGAGCUCCUGACCGGGCGGACGCUGUUCCCCGGGACCGACCAUAUUGAUCAGUUGAAGCUAAUAAUGCUGCUCGUCGGAACACCAGGGCCCGAGCUCUUGAUGAAAAUAUCUUCGGAGUCUGCUAGGAACUACAUCAACUCUCUGCCACACAUGCCCAAGAGGAACUUCGCUGACGUGUUCAUCGGAGCAAACCCAAUGGCGGUGGACCUGCUGGAGAAGAUGCUGGUUCUGGACACGGACAAGCGGAUCACCGCCGCCGAGGCCCUGGCCCACUCGUACUUCGCCCAGUACCACGACCCCGACGACGAGCCCGAGGCCGAGCCGUACGACCAGAGCUUCGAGAGCCGCGAGCUGGAGAUCGAGGAGUGGAAACGACUGACCUAUGAGGAGGUUCUCAGCUUCGAGCCGCCGGUGUAUGAAGGAGACGAGAUGGAGUCCUGAGAGGAUGCGGCCCGGUUUCUCCCUCCGUACGCACUGUGAGGAAGCGCGUCUCGCUGGACCUUCUGGAAAAAAAACAAUGUCAUUCAAGUGCCUGCCAUCGUUAAAAGCUGGUUUCUCUGUGGGGUCCGAGGGCAGUGGUGACUCCCGUACUCCCCCACUCCCCCACCCCUACGUGCAGCGUGAUGCUGUGGGUAAUGCGCGUUGGCCCUGUGUCACAUUUUAAAUUGCAGCUGUACUGUGUUAGUUUGCACCAUUUUUUUGCACCAAGAUUUAUAAAUUUCUACUUUGUUAUUCUUGUACUUCAAAUGGGAAGAGCAAAGAUGAGCAAACAGACUAGCAAAUCGCUCAUUUUUGGUACAGGGGUUCGAAAGGCUGGGCUUUGGCUGAUGGUUUCCUUAUUUGAAUGUCUUUAAAAUAAUCACCAAAUCACGUAUUGACGCUAUUAUUUAGUCUUUGGCAUAUAUUUACAUUGAAGCACUUUGGGCAGACAAAUAUUAGAUAUCUGAACCCUGGAAACGAGGCUUGUAAAGAUUAGAGAUUUAACAUGGUUUUACGAGCACUAGUGCUGCCAUUAUUGCAAGGGCCGAAAAUUCACCCUUGAUUUUUUCACAGUCCUCUGAUUGCGGUGACUUGGAGCGACACUGAGAACCCUAACCCAAAUUGACACUACACCCAGUCCUCCUCUUCCUCCCCGUCGCCAAAAACGAAAGUCUGUUACGAAAUUUGAAUUUGGACAGACGCUCAUGGGGAAACAUUGUAAGUUUUAAGUGAAGAAGGUUUCAAGAGGCCUUGUUUGGUUAAUCCUCAGUCCCCCCCAUCAGUCAGAGGUACCCACUGCUGGGUAAGGGGGGAGGUUGUUGUUGUCUGUGUUUGGAUGGAAGAGGCUGGAUGUUCUAUUGCUGUAGCUCCUUAAAAAUUAGGUACCGAAGCGUGACAAUUUUGCUGCAUGUCAGGCCCCCAGGGUGCGCGAUUGAACUGUUGAACCUGCGGAAUGCUGGAAAAUGUGGACCAGAACUGAACCCCCGCUCAUCCUGAGGGUUAGGGUUAGGGUUGACGGAACAGUGUGACGAGACCGCCUUUUAUUGUCGCUAGUUUUGUUCUGUCGUCGCUUUCAGCAGUUUGCUUAUGAAAUAUUAUAUCCAGGUCGCCUCUGUCCCUAUUAUCAGAGUUAUUAAGAAAGCUGUGCUGUUAGCGUGUUGUUCAGCUUUGUGUUCCAGGCCUACGCCAGCCCUUGCGCUAUACAGUCUGCCUUAACCGUUCCCCACUGCACGCAGGCCUUUUGCCGGAGGGCUCGGGAGAAGCGCUCGCUCCUGAUGUUCUGCGUAGCUUUCUCCUUCCUGCCUGUAAUCAUUCACUGCAGUAGUGGAGGAAGUCCUGGGGAUGCACACCGCCUCCCUCCUUGUGAAGUUCCUGUCUGGGUGCUAGGACUUGCGAAGGCUGUUAAAAGAAUGUGAUUUUUAAGACAACAAGGCAAUCUUACUUAAAAAAAAAAAAGUACAGGCAAGCUGAAUUCAAAUUCUAUGCUUUUGUAUUUCAUGGAUCCCUCUACUGUUGAAAUAUUAACAAGAAGAAAAAAGGUUGUGUAUGUCAUGGUUGUAUAGAUAUUUUACAUGUCAUGUCCUUCAUCCACAACCCCCUAUUUGACACAUCACGGCUACGCUGAGUGGGUCUGGCUGCCCCAGGGGGCACGAAACGUGUUACCUGCUCCCAGUGGGCCUGGCUGUCCCAGGGGGCACGAAACGUGUUACCUGCUCCCAGUGGGUCUAGCGGUCCCUGGGGCACUAAACGUGUUUCCUGCUCCCAGAUUUCCAGGGAAGGUCGGAACACCUGUGUCAUCUAUGAUUGUUUUUUUUUUUUCUUCUUUUGUCAGUGGACGGAUCCAGUUCCCCAUUUGAAGGGCUUUCAUAGCUGAACUGCACGCCGCACAGUUCUGUUAAUGUGCUCCUGUUCAGCUUGGGUGGGUUUUCAGGUCCUGUGAAAGUAGUGAUUAAACUGCACCUGCAGAGAGCUCAACCUGUGUCUGAGCCACUGUUCCCUGUGCUGAAAGAGCCGUGCGGAUGCUUCUCCUCUGUCCUCUACAAGACGCUCAAACCAGCAAAACAAACAAAAACACAAAACCCCUUAGAACCUGUUUAAUAAAUGUCAUAAUAUUGACUUCAGGUCUGUAUAUAAUAAUAUCAGUCACAGCUUUUGUAUUAUUUUAUCUUACUGACUGUGUUUUCAUGAUAUAGUACUACUUGAUUCCUAAAAGCAAUAUCUAUAUCAAGCAUGUUUUCCGCGUGCGUGCGUGCCUGUGAAUGAAUGCGUGUUUAUAGGAGUUUGAAGGGCCAGGUUGAAAUCAUGUAUUGUAAUAUCCUAAGGAACGUAAAGAUGAAAUUAGUUUGAGAUAUUUAUGACCUGACAAAGCAAAUGAUGUUUAGUAUAGAUUUUUUUUCCGAGCAGAGCAUACCCUUCCAUUAUUUGAAUGGAAAGACGGACUUCAUUAUUUUGUGUAAACAAUUCAUCAUAUUGGAAUGUGAAAAGAGUAACCAGUAAGUACCACUGUUUAAAAACAAAUAAAGUUAAUUAUUUUUGAAA